AAUUUUUUUUAUAUAGCUCUAAGUUUGUUAAAUUUUUUUUUUAUUUAUUUAAGAACGAUAGAUAAUAUAAAAUAUCCCAUGGUUAGUAAUGAUGACAUCGUAAUACACGAAAAUAAUGCAGUGUCAAGAUCGAUUAACUGACAUAUGGCAGUGUAAGAUAGAAUCGGAUCAGUAAACUGAAGUGAACGGAGGCCAAAACUUAUGAAGGCUUUUUGUACCCGCUCAAUCCUUUCAAUAUGGCAAUUGUGGUAUGGUCUCCGGAUACGGACAGCAUAUUCUAGUUUAGAACGGACGAGAGAUUUAAAAAGUAAUUUUUACGUACGUCGUUAAAUUUCGGAGAUCCCAUUCACGUUGUAUGAUCAUGAGACAUUUUUUUUUUGUAUAAUUGCCGGCAUGCGUGAAUAUUUAGUUGGCCUGUAAUAUAUUUCCACUACCUUUCCCAAUAAGAAACACACCACUGUAUGUUGGAUAGUAAGUACCUCCUGCCCUGUGCUAGUAAGAAUCUAUGUAAACACAUUUGUUUGUAAGGCGCGCGGCGGCGCAGCCGCCGAUUAGUGUGAGUGCACUAAAUUGAGCGUCAAUCAUUCUUAUACAUAUAUUUGCCACUUCUACGUUCUCAUCUCCGUCUCAGAGCAGCAGCGCUGACUGUGGUGGUGGCGGCAGCAGCGGUAAUGGCAGCAAUAGCAAUGAGUUCUCUUCACUUCUCUCCACCUCAUUCGGUUCAGUUGAGUUCAGUCUACGCACCUUAGCUCGUCGUCUCACCUCCGCCGACGUAUUUCGUUCUAUUCAAAUUUUUUCUUCCUUGUUUUAGCUUGCUGCUAAAGUUCUUCCCCUCUAUAUCAAGUUAAUUCAAAAAUUGUUCUUCAAUGGCGUCCCAUUAAGAAACAUAUUUAAAAAAGUGUAAAGUUCCAAAAGAAUAUGUUAGAAUUUGCCAAAUUCAUUUUACAUAUUAACAUUUUAUGUACAUACAUAUGUACAUGUAUAAAAUAUUUGGUGAAAAAAUACAUGAGAAGACAAUAUGUUUGCUAAUUCUAAUGCGAAUACAUAUAUAGUGUAAAGUGCAACAUUUGGGUAUGAGAAAAGGAAUUUUCAAAAUUAAGUGACCGUAUUCAACAUGGAAUGUGAGAUUAUUACAAUUCUUUUUAAGUGAAGCGCAUAAAUAAUCAAAAUUAUUUACACAAGUACAUAUGUAUGCAUAUACAUAGAUGUAAGAAAAUUAAAAUGUACUGAGAAUACGACUUAUUAACAUCAUCGUGUCAUUCUGGUAAUUGUAAAUAUGUAUCAGGUAUUAAGUGCUUACAUUAGUGUGUGAGUGGGUAAAUCUUCGGCUGCGAAGCAAUCGAAUUGGGGAAGCAACGAACAAGCGAGUUUGUGAGCGAGCAGGCAGCAGAAGGCAGGGUUGUAUUUAUGCGGGAAAAUGAUAUAAGCUUUGAAACAGGGCUGACAAAGUAGGUACAGUUGUACCGUUUUCCGACGUUUGCAGUAUUUUACAAUAGUUCUCCUCCGAUUGUAACUUUAGCGGAUUCUUCUUUUAUUCAUAUUAGAAUACUCCUAAAAAGUGAAUCCAUUGAAAAAUAAGAGAUCAAUGAAAGUGCUGUGCACUUGAAAAUUCUAUUGAAGAUGCUCGCCAUGCAGAACUGGAUUGGGUGGAGUUUAGAAAAUGAAUAGUGAACAUGCAACAUCAAAAGCAACUCCUGGUGAGUCAGCAAAAGCCACAAUUACUGUAGCAACGGCCAAUGAGUUGAAUCGACAAUAUCAGCAACAUCAGCAACAGCAACAGCAGCAGCGAAAUUCAUCACAGCAGCAUAUUAACGAUUCGCAACAUUUGCAGCAUUUGCAAUUGCAACAACAGCAAUCGCAAAAUCAUCAUCUAAACGAGCUACAACCACAACAGAUACGAAGACAGCCGCAAGCAGCACAACAGUUGCAUCAGCAGCAGCAGAGGGAUUCCAUGUCUGCAAAUUCUAGUGCGGGUGGCCUUGGUGGUCUUCGCGGCGGCCGCCUAGACGUCUCAGGAAAUGUCACAGCCACAGUUGUUGGUAGCGCCGCGAGUGGAGGUAGCGUAGGUGUAGCCGGAAAUACCUUGUUACCGCUUACAGUCCCUGGACAGCAUCAGCCCGUUUCCAUAGCUACUGUGCCGGCAGCGGCAGUCCUUGCUGCAUCAAUGGGAGUUGGUACAGCAUCCACAUUGGCUUCAACUACUCCUGUAAGUGUUGGUGGUCUAAGCGUGAGUGUCACGAAUGCUACCGCGGUCACUACGGGCAAUGGUGUCGACCCAAAAUUAGCGCAAUCGGUAUUGCCACAGCAACAACAUCAGCAGCAGCAAAUGGUAUUAACCUCAACUGAUGCCACUUUAGCCACGACAGCAUCCACUACAACUGCACUAUUACCAAAUUCACCAAACGUAAGCGUUCCACGAUGUAGGCGCCAAAAAUAAAUGCAACCUGCAAAAUCAAAAUUUUACAAACAGUUCAUGCAUACAUAUCCUCUAGCAUCACAUACAUACACAC